GACACGGCUCUCCACUAUACCAACUGAGCAGAUCUCAAGAUCUCAUGAUGGACAUCAACCGAUCUAGCACUAAGCACCGCUUGAAACUUCAGUGAAGCGAACAUCAUAGCGGUGAACCUGUUCCUCUAAAUCUCCUGCAAUCAUGCAUGUCUGUCUCUUACCCACCGAAAUCCUACUCGCUAUUAUUGAAAAAUAUGGACCGUUCUCUCCUGCUACACUUGCUGCUCUUGCAAGAACCUCUACGACAUUCAAGGAGCCCGCGCUUGAUAUGCUUUGGAAAGAUAUAAGGGGGUUCAAACCACUCAUAUCAUGCUUGCCUGAAGGUGCGAUCAACAGAAACGAGCGAGGAAUGUUGACGAUCAAAAGACCUCUCUUAACAGGAGAGUGGAGGCUUAUUGGUCGAUAUGCACAACGUAUCCAAUCCUUGAUGGUCUUCGACACCGACCUAGAAAUCAUAGACGAUCGGCUUGUGCAAGCGCUCAUUUCUGCACCACCACCGCUCUUGCCGAACCUUCGUAGUUUGGUUUGGGGGGAUGUCAAUGAAUGCCUCAUUCCAUUGUUGCGCACCCUCCUUGGGUCUACUAUCAAGUCGAUGAAGCUGGACUUUAGGACAAGUCCCCCGUCUUUUGCCAAAUCUGCUUUGGUAGCUUCCCUCGGGGCUCGAUGUCCAUCCAUUUGGAAACUCAUCUGCUAUUUUGGGGGCGCUGAUUCUGAAGAUAGUUCAGAUGCAAUAUUCGAAGUUCUCUGUGGCUUUCAGGAGCUCCUCCAUCUUGAGAUAGAUGUUCCUAACACACGAGCGCUUCUGCACUUGGCCGCUUCUUUAUCUCCGUUGAAGUAUUUGCAUCUCAACCUCCGCGAGUAUAACAUGGACGAGAUGCAACCCAAUUCCACUCCAGCGUUUUCCUCCCAUUUCGAUCAUAUGCACAUCAGUAUACCGGCACCUUCCUUUUUCCAUCACAUUCUCAGAAACGUCCGUUUUCUCUCCUGUCGAUCAGUGAUUGUGUGCGUCGAUUUCAGUGGUUUAUAUAUCCCGUAUAAUCCACUGGAUAUUCCCGACCUCAUUUUCUCUUUCUCGGAGUGCUUCUCCCCUGCUCUUGAGAAGAUCAGAUUCGACUUCGACUAUGAAUUUUGCACCAUCGUUGAGGAACACAUACUUGCUGAUACUAGCUUUGCUUUUGACUUUGACGUGGUCGCCCCAUUGCUUUCGUUUAGUCACUUAACGGACUUAGACCUCAAUUGGAUCUGCACUUCGGCCAUCGAUGACGCCUCACUCAAGACAAUGGCGCAAUCCUUCCCUCAGCUCGAGAAUUUCUUGUUUGGAAGUUCCGCUCGUUGGGUGAUCCCGCCAUCUCUCACCUUCAUAGGACUCGUCCACCUCAUACAUCAUUGCCGGCGCUUGCGCAGCAUUGCAAUGACCUUUUGCGCAUGUCCAGUAGACAUCAACAGCGAGCCAUUCUCUCAAACCAUUCCCAACAACAAGAUCACCCGACUUUUCGUGGGGGUUUCUCCAAUCGUCGAUCCUAAUGCCGUGGCUUGUCAACUGCAACUAUUACUGCCCAAGUUGACCCUCGUGGGCUUCUUAGACUGGCUUGAUGUUCACUUUCCUGCGGAGUUCCCCGCGCCGCCGCCAUUUGAACGUUUCGAGGAUGAAUGGAUAAAGGUGAACAAGUUCCUGGGGAGUGCCUACUACCAGCGCAACAACGAGAGAGAAAAUGGACCAGACACCACAGGAACCCAUGCUGCCGGCCUGACGGACCCCAUACAUAUUGCGUAACGACUUGGAUACCUACAAGCAUGUACUACGGAACUAUAUAUCCGUCUACCCAACGCCGAAGCGUACGUAGGCUCUACAGUUAUGCCGUAGAUGUAGACAACAUGUAUCAACUAAAUUUUGACCAAGAUGAUAUUU